UCAAGUUCAAGGACAUUGUUCUUAUCCACCACUAGCACCCAGACAGUUUGCUCACGCAAUCGUUUGCAGCUGUUGUGUCGGUGAAUCGGAUUCUAAUAUUUUAUAGUGAUUCUUGAAAGUUACUCGUUUGCUUUUAAUUUAAAAGUUUUAGUUCGUGAGGUCACAUUCUUCCACCUUUCAUCAAAUGGACAAACUUGAAUUGGUUCCUGACGUCAUAGAUACACUUCCAGGAGAAAUCGUCGAGGUCACUUACGAAGGGAAGUACAAGGUUGAUGGGGGCAAAGAGUUGACGCCGACACAGGUGAAGAAUGUGCCGGAAGUCAAAUUCCCAGCUGAUCCUCAGCAAUGGUACACAUUACUCAUGACUGAUCCUGAUGCACCGUCUCGCGCUGACCCAACAUUCCGUGAGGUCCAACACUGGCUCGUGACCAACAUUCCAGGGAGUGACGUCACGGCGGGAGAUACCAUACAUGAGUACAUCGGUUCCGGACCUCCCCAGGGCUCUGGACUUCAUCGAUACAUAUUUCUGGUUUACAAGCAGCCUGGAAAACUAACGUUUGAUGAACCCAGAGUUACAAACAGGUCCAGGGAAAACAGAAGAAACUUUUCAACUCGAAACUUUGUCGCCAAGUACAAAUUGGAGGGCCCGGUCGCAGCUAAUGUCUACCAGGCUCAGUUCGACGAUUACGUCCCUAUCUUACACCAGCAGCUGAGCGGCUGAAGCACACAUAGCAACUAUUUUACAAACAAUUUAACUUAAUGCCAUAACCGCUUGCAAUAACUCACAUAAAGGACAUUUAUACAAAAA